AUGAAUUAUCCAUCAUUCUUGAGAAGCUGGGUGGCCUUUUCCUUCAUAAUUGCACGGCAGCAAGCUCAGGCGAUGGCGAUUUUGUAUCCGUACUGGCAGAAUGACACCAAAACCCCCAAAGUGGAUGAUGGCAGCUCCCCGGAGAUCAAGCUUUCCCUUCCUUUCAUCUUCUUUGGCAUCCCAUAUAGGACCAUUUUUGUCAACAACAACGGUGUGAUUUCUUUUAAUGUGCUCGUCAGCCAGUUCACCCCUGAGUCCUUCCCCCCGGCUGAUGGUCGGGCUUUUAUUGCUCCUUUUUGGGCCGACGUUCACAACGGGAUCCGGGGGGAGAUCUAUUACCGAGAGGCCACAGAUCCAGCUUCCCUGAGUAAAAUAUCCAAAGAUAUCCGGAAGUAUUUCAAGAACCUGCCAUCCUUCACCGCUGUGUCAGUUUUUGUUGCUACCUGGGAAGAAGUGACAUUUUAUGGUGGCAGCAGCACAACCCCGGUAAAUACUUUCCAAGCUCUUCUGAUCACAGAUGGAACAAACUCCUUUGCCAUGUUCAACUAUGAGGAAAUCAACUGGACUACUGGCACUGCAAGUGGAGGAGAUCCUCUAACUGGCCUUGGAGGUGUCAUGGCUCAGGCAGGUUUCAAUGGUGGGAAUAGCACCAACUAUUUCAGCAUUCCUGGUUCCAGAACCCCAGACAUAGUCAACAUUGAAGACACAACUAAUGUCAACGUACCAGGACGUUGGGUAUUCAAAAUCGAUGGGAGGGAAAUUGACCCAGCCAAUGGAUGCAGUUUUAGAGGCCAGUUUCUCCGUCAAGGGGAGAUAUUCUGGGAAAAUGCAAAUUGUUCCACUAAAUGUCGUUGCCUGGAUUUCAACAAUGAACUCUUCUGCCAGGAGGUGUCCUGUGGACCAUAUGAGAUCUGUGAGCCUAAGGAGAAUUUCCACCAGUGUGUGCCAGUGGAAAGCAGCACUUGUGUGGUGUUUGGAGAUCCACAUUACCACACUUUCGACGGCUUCCUCUUCCAUUUUCAGGGUUCCUGCUCUUACCUUCUAGCAAGGCAGUGCUGGCCAGGGUCCAGCCUUCCUUUCUUCAGUGUGGAAGCUAAGAAUGAGAAUCGAGGGGGUUCUUCUGUCUCCUGGCUGAAAGAUAUCUCUGUGGAGGUUUAUUCACACAAGAUAAUCAUCCCUAAAGGCAGCUUUGGGAAAAUUAUGAUUGAUGACCUGGUCAUGUCUCUACCUGUCUUCCUGGAACUGGGAGCAAUAAAGAUCUAUCAGAGUGGACUGUCGACAGCGAUAGAAACAGAUUUUGGGCUUUUGGUAACAUACGAUGGAGACCAUUAUGCAGCUAUUUCAGUCCCAGGCUCCUACAUCAAUGCCACCUGUGGCCUCUGCGGAAACUACAACAAGAACCCGGAGGAUGACGUCCUACGCUCGGAUGGGAAAAUGGCCACCUCUGUGCUGGAUUUGGGGGACAGCUGGAGAGUCUACCACCCUGAAUGGAAGUGUUCCCCCGGCUGUUUGGACAACUGCAGCCUUUGCGAUGCAGCCAUGGAGUCUCUUUACUUUGACCCCGAGCACUGUGGCUUCAUUAAUAAAACUGGAGGCCCUCUGUGGGAAUGCGGGGCCAUCGUCGACCCCAUGGCCUUUAUCCACAGCUGUGUUUAUGACCUGUGUAGCAUCCGAGAUAACGGCACAGGGGGGCUGUGCCAGGCUAUCCAGGCGUACGCUUUGGUGUGCCAAGCUCUUGGGAUCUCGAUUGGAGACUGGAGAGUGCAGGUGGGAUGCGCUACUGCCGUGCAGUGUCCUGAAUUCAGCCACUACUCCAUCUGUACCAGCAGCUGCCCAGCUACUUGCUCUGACCUCACGGCACCCUUCGCUUGCACCUCUCCAUGCACCGAGGGCUGUGAAUGUAAUGUAGGUUAUGUCCUCAGCACGGACCUCUGCGUCCCGGUCCAUCAGUGUGGCUGUGAUGUGGAUGGGCGAUACCACGCUAUCGGGGAAUCGUUUUGGGCCUCCGUGGACUGUACCAUACAAUGCUGGUGUGAGGAUGGAGGAGAUGUUGCCUGCUUUAACUCCACCUGCCAAGAAGGGGAGGUUUGUGCUGUGGAGAACGGCUACCAAGGCUGCUACCCCAAGCGAGAAACAUUAUGUUUGGUGUCUCAAGAUCAAGUGCUGCAGACUUUUGAUGGCGCUGUUUUCGACUACCCUCCGGACAACUCCUACACGUUGGUCAAAACCUGCCCGGACAGGCCCAACUACUUAGAAGUGGACAUCAGCAAGAAGAAACCGGAAGCCAGUCUUGACUGGCUACGGACUUUGAGGGUCCUGGUUGCCAGCCAAGAGGUCAAGAUAGGAGGCAUAGACAACUCUGAAAUCAAGGUCAACGGAUAUGAAACAGAGCUUCCGUAUUUCCAUCCUUCUGGCCAACUGGAAAUCUACCGGAGCAAAAAUGGGACUGCUGUUGAGUCAGAAGGGCUUGUCCAUAUCCAGUACUCAGACUAUGGUCUGUUGGAGAUACGUCUGUCAACAAUCUACUUCAACUGCACUGGCGGCCUCUGUGGUUUCUUCAAUGGGAACAGCAGCGACGAAUUCUGCUUCCCAAAUAGGAAGUGUACAGACAACCUGGUGGUCUUUCUGGACAGCUGGACAACGUUUAAUGAGAUUUGUAACGGAGAGUGCGGGGACCUGCUGAAGGCCUGCAACAAUGAUUCAGAGCUUCUGAAGGAGUAUCGGAGCCGUUCCAAAUGUGGCGUUAUCAAUGAUCCCACCAACAGCUCUUUCUUGGAAUGCCACUCCGUGGUGAAUGUGUCUGCCUAUUACCGGACCUGCCUCUUCCGCUUGUGCCAGAGCGGAGGAAACCAGUCCGAGCUCUGCGACUCUGUGGCUCGCUAUGCUAGCGCCUGCAAGAACGCUGAAAUAGACAUUGGCCACUGGAGAAGCAUGAACUUUUGUCCCCUCACCUGUCCAGAGAACAGCCACUUUGAGGAAUGCAUGACUUGCUCUGAAUCCUGUGAAAAUUUGUUGACUGGGCCCGUAUGCCUAGACACCUGUGUGGAGGGCUGCCAAUGUGAUGAAGGUUUUGCUUUCCGGGGUGCGCACUGCAUUCCCAGGACUGAAUGCGGGUGCAGCUUUGAGGGCCACCAGCUUUCCACUAACCAGACCUUCUGGAUGGAUAUCGACUGCCAGUAUUUUUGCUACUGCAAUGGCUCUGACAACAGCGUGCACUGUGAAAACAUCCCCUGUAAGGAAGAUGAGUACUGCCUGGAGGAAAGUGGGCUGCGUUACUGCCAUGUCCGGACUGAUGCCUCCUGCAUCGUAUCUGGCUAUGGCCAUUACUUGACUUUUGAUGGGUUUACUUUUGACUUUCAAAGCAGCUGUCCUCUGAUUCUCUGCACAACCAUCACUCGGCAGCAUUUUGAGAGGUCAGACUUCUUCCCUGAGUUCACAGUCACUGCCAAGAAUGAGGAUCGGGAUCCAUCUCUGGCUUUGUGGGUGAAGCAGGUGCAGGUAGAAGUCUUCAGUUACAACAUUGUUAUCCACAGAGCCUACAAACACACCGUGCUAAUUAACAAUGAACGUCUUUACCUGCCCUUGAAGCUGGGUCAAGGGAAAGUGAAUAUUUUUGCCUUCGGUUUCCACAUCGUGGUGGAGACCGACUUUGGCCUGAAAGUGGUAUAUGACUGGAAGACCUUCCUCUCCGUCACUGUUCCGCGGGGCCUCCAGAAUGCAACCUCUGGACUUUGUGGACAAUAUAAUGGCAACCCUGGCGAUGACCUCCAGACCCUCAGUGGCCAUUUGGCCUCCAGCAUUAAUGAGUUUGGCCACAGCUGGGCCAGGAGGGACCCCUUUUGUCAGGUGGGCUGUGGAGACAGGUGCCCAGCCUGCCGUAAGGUGGAAGGUUUCUGGAAACCCCAGCAGCUAUGCAGCUUGAUCCCUACCAAGAGCGGUGUCUUCUCCAGGUGUCACAGCAAGGUCAACCCCACCUUCUUCUACAAGAACUGCUUGUUUGACACCUGCAUCGAUGGGGGAGCCGUGCAAACUGCAUGCAGCUGGCUGCAGAAUUAUGCCAGUACUUGCCAAACACAGGGAAUUGCCAUCACGGGGUGGAGAAACUUCACACUGUGUUCUGUCAGUUGCCCUCCAAACAGUCACUAUGAGAGCUGUGUGAGUGUGUGCCAACCCCGUUGUGCUGCUAUCCGGCUGAAAAGUGACUGCAACCAUUACUGUGUGGAAGGAUGCCAGUGUGACCCAGGCUACGUCCUCAAUGGCAAGAACUGCAUCCUGCCUCAAAACUGCGGCUGCUACUCGGAUGGCAAGUAUUAUGAGCCCAAGCAACUCUUCUGGAACAGUGACUGCACCCGACGCUGCCGUUGCUUUCGCCGCAACCUCAUCCAGUGCGAUCCACGGCAGUGCAAGUCAGAUGAGGAAUGCGCACUCCAAAAUGGAGUCCGUGGCUGCUUCAGUAGAAAGAGUUCCUACUGCAUGGCGGCUGGUGGAGGAGUCUUCCGCACAUUUGACGGUGCUUUCCUCCGAUUCCCAGCCAACUGCGCCUUUGUCCUCUCCACCAUCUGCCAGAAACUGCCUGAUGUUUCUUUUCAGCUCAUCAUAAACUUUGAUAAGUGGUCUUCUCCCAACCUGACGAUCAUCUCACCAGUUUACUUCUAUAUUAAUGAGGAGCAGAUUCUUAUCACUGAUCGCAAUACUGUCAAGGUGAAUGGGACAGAGGUGAAUGUCCCCUUUGUGACCGGUUUAUCAACCAAAAUCUACAGCAUGGAGGGUUUCCUGGUGAUUGACACAAGCCCAGAUAUCCAGAUCCAUUACAAUGGUUUCAACAUUAUCAAAAUUACCAUCAGUGAACGCCUGCAGAAUAAAGUGUGUGGUCUUUGCGGGAAUUUCAAUGGUGACCGUACAGAUGAUUAUGUCACCCUGAGAGGGAAGUCGGUUGUCAGCAGUGUCUUCCUUGCACAGAGCUGGAAAACCAAUGGCAUGCAUAAAAGCUGCAAUGAGCUCCAGUACUCGCAGUAUGCCGCCGCCUGUGACAACGUGCAGAUCCAGGUCCUGCAAAGCGAGAGCUACUGCCUCAAACUGACCGACAUGAAAGGUUUCUUCCAGCCUUGUUAUGGACUGCUGGACCCACUGCCCUUCUAUGAUUCGUGUUUUCUUGAUGGGUGUUACAAUCAGAGGAAGUACCAGCUCUGUGGCUCUCUGGCAGCCUAUGGGGAAGCCUGCCGUUCCCUUGGGAUCCUCAGCACAGAAUGGAUUGAGAAGGAAAAUUGCUCAGGAGUGGUUGAAGACCCCUGUGUGGGGGCAGAUUGUCCCAACAGAACUUGUGAGGUAGACAACGGUGGAGACUUAUGUGGCUGUAUUGAACCUCCCCCCUAUGGAAACAAUACACAUGAUAUCCUGGAUGCUGAAGUGACCUGCAAAGCUGCACAAAUGGAAGUUUCAAUCUCAAAGUGCAAACUGUUCCAGCUGGGCUUUGAAAGAGAGGGAGUGCGUAUCAAUGACCGCCAGUGUCCUGGCAUUGAAGGCGAGGAUUUUAUCUCCUUCCAGAUCAAUAAUACCAAAGGCAACUGUGGAAACAUUGUGCAGUCGAACAGUACCCACAUAAUGUAUAAAAACACUGUCUGGAUUGAAAGCGCCAACAACACAGGGAACAUAAUUACCCGUGACCGAACCAUCAAUGUUGAAUUCUCAUGUGCUUAUGAACUUGACAUCAAAAUUUCUUUGGAUUCUGUAGUGAGGCCAAUGCUCAGUGUAAUUAAUUUGACAGUGCCCACACAGGAAGGCAGUUUCACAACCAAAAUGGCGUUGUAUAAAAACUCAUCCUAUAAGCAUCCCUAUCGUCAAGGAGAGGUGGUCUUAACCACUCGUGAUAUCCUGUAUGUUGGUAUCUUUGUACUUGGGGCAGAUUCAACUCAUCUCAUCCUAAUGUUGAACAAAUGUUAUGCAACACCUUCAAGAGACAGCAAUGACAAGCUCAGAUAUUUCAUCAUAGAAGAAGGUUGUCAGAAUAUAAAGGACAACACCAUUGGGAUCGAAGAGAACGGGGUGUCGUUGACUUGCCGCUUCCAUGUCACUGUUUUCAAGUUCAUUGGAGAUUAUGAUGAGGUUCACCUUCACUGUGCAGUCUCACUCUGCGACUCAGAAAGAUACUCAUGCAAAAUAAACUGUCCUCAGAAUACCCGAAGGGCCGGCGACUAUACCAAAGAGUUAAAUGAGCAGAUCAUCUCUGUGGGCCCGAUCAGGAGAAAGCACCUGGACUGGUGUGAAGACAAUGGAGGCUGUGAGCAGAUAUGCACAAGCCAGGUGGAUGGCCCACUAUGCAGCUGUGUGACAGGGACUUUGCAAGAAGAUGGAAGGAGUUGUAGAGCAACCAGCUCUUCAGACGGGCUUCAAGCCAGGCAACUCCCACUUAUUUGCAUCCAGCUAUUAUUAUUAUGGCAUCUUCUCUAUAAGUCAAACCCAACCUCGUAAUUAAUUCAUGGCUUCUGUUUUAAGUACUGUCAUUUCUUCCAGUCCUUCUGAACCCCCAUAGUAUAAACACAUGCAAACCUGCACGUGUCGAUCAUCGCCGUCGACGACAACAAUUAUGUCUGUUGCUGCGCUGGAGUUGUCAGCCUGUGUUAAAUGGUCUUAAUAAAGCUGCAAAAAAUUUAACAGGGCACCAGACUCUCCUAAACCAUCAGGGAUAUCACCAGUAGGAUAGAUAGCAAAUAGUCAAUUAAGUUUUUCCCCCUUUGGGUAUGCUCCUUGGUCUUAAUGUUUUAGCAGAGUCUCCAUUUGCUCUUGAUGCUUAAGGAGGAAAACAAUCUUGCCUGCUUAAUAACUUGUUCUAGGAAGGAAAACAGUAAAAGGAUGAGGUGCACUUAGUAAUCAUGGAUCAGGUGUCCUAAAGUGUAAGAACUGAUCCUUCUGCAUUAACUUCUCUGAAGUUUUUCCCCACCCACCCCCAUCCUUUUGAUUGUGGCUCUUGCACCUUGUUUGUUUUCUUACUUGAUGGCCGUGCCAAUGGCCAAUUUCUUCACAGAAUGACCAACUGAUACUUUGAUUCCUCCACUCUCCCCUGCCCUGAGCUAAAGGGAUCAGCAAAAUAAGCAAAUUCACUUUGACUGUGCUCCAGUUGAGGGGCUUGGAGAAACACAGUCUAGUGUAUUCAGAAAUAUGCCCAUCAAAAGAACUGCCUCAGGUGCUGCAUGCCAUAAAGCUUUGAUGUCCUAUGGACUAUCCAGACUAUAGACUGACAUUGGUUUAAUGUAUAUAUUCUUCUUCCUGGGAAAUCCUGGUAGUAGUAGUCCUGAAAAAGGAAUGUGCCUGAGGAUCUGUAGGAAAUAACAGCCAACAUCUCACCCAUUAGCCAUCUCCAAAUUCCUUUAUGAAGAAGCCAUGAAGUUUGGGACUGAUUAUAGGCUUCUAGUAUAGCUAGAGCAUAUGUUUCAGUGUGAACUACUUUUGGGGUUUGUUGUGCUCACUUGGUAGCCCUGAACUCAAUAAGCAGCUCAGCAAGGGAGCUCUGCAUAGCUUGGCUGUCUUCUCACCACCUCAUCUCUGUCAUCAUGGCCUUUAUCCAAUUUUGAUGAGCCGUCUAUCCCUCUCUAUUAUACG